AUGACAUUGAUACUCAAAGGUAAGGUUGCAUUAAUCACUGGGGGUAGUGCAGGGCUAGGAGCUGCAGUUGCUCGUCAAUUGGCUGCUGAAGGUGUUAAUUUAGCAAUCAAUUACAACAAUUCCGAGGAAAGAGCACUGAAAGUCGCUGAAUCACUUGCAUCUGAGUUUGGAAUUAAAACUGUGAUUAUAAAGGGAGACAUAUUUGAUACAUCAGUAGGCUCAAAAUUAGUAAGUGAGACUGUCAAUAAAUUAGGAGGCCUUGAUAUAGUUAUUUCAAAUGCAGGCUGGACUAAAAUUGUUCCAUACGACGAUUUGGAAGCAUUGGACGACGAGUUAUGGGAUGGGUGUUUUAAUGUUAAUGUCAAAGCUCAUUUCUACUUGUUUAAAGCAGCCAAGAAGAUAUUCGAUCAAAAUGAGGAUGGAGGUACCUUUAUUGUAUCUGCGUCAGUAGCUGGGAGAAUUGUGUAUGGUUCUAGUAUACCAUAUGCAGUAAGCAAAGCAGCAUUAAUCCAUCUUGUCAAAAUGCUUUCAAAAACUCAAGGACCAAAGGUGCGUAUGCACGCAGUUUGUCCAGGUCUUUUAAUGACAGAAUGGGGGCAAAGAUUCUCCCCAGAGAGAAUAGAAGAUACCAAAAAUAUGUCCCCAAUUAAUACAUUAGCAGAUGUGGAUGAGACGGCUGCGCAAUUUGUCUUACUAUCAAAACUUACUACCACUACGGGAUCAAUUGUCUCGAUGGAUGGUGGUAUUUCUAUUUAG